UUGUCCGGCGCAGUGGCUGAGGAGAAGGGGCAGAGCGUUCCUGCCGCGUGCGCUCCCGGUCACAGCGCGCCGCAGCCCGCCCAGCAUGUCCCGGACAGUGGCUCUGACCGGCCCCUCGCCCUGGGGCUUCCGGCUGGUGGGGGGCAAGGACUUCAGCACCCCGCUGACCAUCUCCAGGAUUAAUCCUGGAAGUAAGGCAGCCAUGGCUAACCUGUGCCCCGGAGAUAUUAUUCUGGCAAUUAAUGGAGAGAGCACAGAAAACAUGACUCAUCUAGAAGCACAAAACAAGAUCAAAGCAUGUAUGGACCAGCUGAUGCUAUCUGUGAACAGGGCUGAAGGCAAGACUUGGUCUCCUAAUAUUCUAGAAGAUGGAAAAGCACAAGCUUACCGGAUCAACAUAGAGUCAGAAUCACAGGAUAAUGGGCCCACUCAGAGCCGAAGACCAGUGCCCUAUGCUCCCGGAGGGAGCCCUACUGACAACAAACAGAUGUUGAACUUACAGUACAAUAAUCCAACACGACUCUAUCCAAAUAACAAUGUUGAAUCCAGUUUGCCAGCACAGAUGAGUGGGCUCCAUAUUGCUUCGCCACACAGUGCUGACCCUUUAAAACCUCUCCCGAGAAGCAGAAAUGGAAUUGACAUGGAGUCAGAUGUGUACAAGAUGCUCCAGGAUUACGAAAAACCAGCUUCGGAGCCUAAACAGUCUGGAUCAUUCCGGUAUUUGCAGGGCAUGUUAGAAGCUGGAGAGAAUGGUGAAAAACUUGACCGACUGACUGGCCCAAGAAACAUCAAAUCUCCUGUAUCAAAACUUGGUGGUGCCAUGUCUGGAUUGCAGAUGCUUCCUGAGUGUACCAGAUGUGGAAAUGGGAUUGUAGGGACCAUUGUCAAAGCUCGGGACAAGCUCUACCACCCAGAAUGUUUCAUGUGCAAUGACUGUGGCCUAAACCUGAAGCAGAGGGGAUAUUUCUUCAUCGAGGAGCAGCUGUACUGUGAAACGCAUGCGAAGGAAAGGGUUAAGCCCCCCGAAGGAUAUGAUGUUGUCGCUGUUUAUCCAAACGCAAAAGUCGAACUUGUCUAAGUGCAUACUCUAUUCCUGGAGAGGUCAAAAGGCAACUCGCCCACCCACACGCACGCCGCUAGUUUUAAAAUAUGUCAGUAAUCAGCUCUGAUUACUAGCGUCUCAGUAAAAUGCCUAUUCAGAGAUAAAGCGGUUUACACUAGGGAUCUCAAGGGGAUGGUGUUGAAAGCAUAUGAACAGAUUUUUUCCUUCCUUUUGACGCUCUGCUUUUGGGUUGUUGUGCUGGGGGUGGUUUAAAUAAGUUCUGCCAUGGCCUUGUCCAAGAUCUGUGUAAAUAUUGAUUAAUGUUCUACUAUGUUUCAUAUAAAACCAGUAUUCUUUUUUUUCUCUCAUUUUAAAAUGUAAGUAAAACAUUUUAAAAGCUCAAAGGAAAUAAGGCACUUUAACAAGAGAAACUAACUUUUAUUGCAUUGCUUUAGAUCCAUACCUUUCAGUAACACAUUGAGACCAUGUGGAAGCUGUGUUCCUGCAAUGCAGCGUGGUGGUGGGGUGGAGAGAGUUUCAGACAAGAUCUGAUAUUAAGCAGAGAUGACUGUCCUGGGCAAAAAUGAUCUUUUUAAAAAAUAGCCACAGUGAAAUUCACUAGUUACAUUACAUGGCAUUGACCUGAUGUGCAGACCUGAUCCAGGUUUCACUAAAAAAGAAUCAAAAAGGCACUUUGCACCUACAUUCUGCUAUAACAGUGGUUCUCAAACUUUUGUACUGGUGACCCCUUUCACACAUCAAGCCUCUGAGUGUGACCCCC